UAUGUAGGUCGAUUAUCGUGCGCGUAUAUCGCAAACGCAAAAUUUUGAUUUCAUAUAAAAAAUAUUUAGAAAUAUAGUUCAAUUACAGUAAUUAUUACUGUCAUCCUAAGGUAGUUAUAUUAUCACUAGUAGAUUAUAUUAUCACUUUAAUAUCCAGAGAAUCAAAUAAGCAUAGUGACAAAAAAGGUGUGAUCAAAAUGUCCAACGAAGAGGAGAACAAGAAGGCGAUGUCUGACGAAGAAAGACUUGCGUUGUGUCAGAAGCUGGACCAAGAAUUGGAUGAAUUUAUUAACAGCUUGGAGAGGAAGCGGUACACGGAAGGAUGGCCAGAAGAUCGUUGGGAGGAGGAGAUGAACAAACAUCCAUUUUUCAUGAAGGACACCCCAACCACUGGUGAGCUCUCUCCUCUGGCUGAGGGCCUGGCCAAUCUGAAGUAUGACCCAGAGGAAAACACGCCAUUGGAACUCGCUACAAACUACAAAGAUGAUGGGAACUUCAACUUUAAGCACAAGAAUUACAGAUUGGCUAUUUUAGGAUAUACAGAAGGCAUCAAAGUGAGAUGCAAUGAUGCUGAAAUCAAUGCUUCUUUGUAUAACAACAGGGCAGCAGCUCAUUGGCACUUAAAAAAUUACAGAUCUGCACUAUUUGACAGUGAGAAAGCACUAUCAUUCAAUCCAACCUAUACCAAAGCAAGAGUACGAGCUGCUAAAGCUGCUUUUGAAAUAGCAAACUAUGACUCUUGUUUAGAACAUUGUCAAAGAAUACUUGAAGAAAACAAAGAUGACAAAGAGAUUACUGAUCUUAUUAAUACUGCUAAGAAGAAGAAAUUGAUCCAACAAAGAGAUCAACGGAAGAAGGAGAAGCAAGAUGCUAAAAUAAAUGAGCAAAGACAGCAAGUUUUAAAAGCCAUUAUUGAGAGGGGGAUAAGAAUUGUAAAUUGUGAAGAUGAAGAUGAUAUUGACCUUUCAAAAUUGGAACCAAGUUUGCCCGGUGCCCAUGACUCAAUAGUCCACAUUGAAGAUGGCAUUUUAAAGUGGCCAGUGUUAUUUUUGUAUCCAGAAUACCAAAUGACAGAUUUUGUCAAAGCAUGUCCAGAAAAUGUUCCAUUACUAAAUCAGUUAGAGCAGCUAUUCCCAGCUCCAUGGGAUGAAAAGAAUAAAUACAGUGUUGAUAGAGUGAAUGUGUAUUAUGAGGGCUAUGAUAAAAUGCCACAUAUAGUAAAUCCUGGUGAUAAGUUGGGCGAUGUGUUGAAAUCGAAAUAUUUUGAGCUCAAGGCGGGGACACCUGCAUUCUUUGUCCUACCGCGUGGCAGUAGGAUUGAGAGUAGGUUUUUAGAAACUUAUUUGUGAUUGAUCAAGUGGUUUGUUUUACAGGUAUUUAUUUUGUUAAGUAAAUGAAUUUUAGAUUCAAUGUAAUAUAUGUGUAAUAUAUUGUAGACAACUUA